AUGCGACAGACACAACUUACAGAUUUCUCUGGUUUCCGAAGAAACAGCUGUGAGGGUGAGGGUUGUCGUGGGACCACUACCACGACUGAAGCAGAUCAGUGGCAUUCCAUCUUUUAUGAUGUUGCUGCAAAAUGUGGACACCCGCCACCAGUCAGUGGUAACACUGAAUUAACCUCAUUGCCUUACACCAGUGUGCAGAAGCGUAGCUACAGGAGGGCCUGCCGACGGGCCAUCAACAAUGGCUAUGCACAUUAUCAUGGACAGACAUUGCAGGUGACCGAUUUUCCUCCGACUCUGGUACAGAAACUUCGAACCCAUGCUGGAACAGGCGUCAAGGCCUUGCCCAUGAAGAUGCCGAGAUCCACACGUUCUCCCAGGCUGACUACCCUUUUUUGGAACCCGGGGGGGCUGUCUCAGGCCACCUUUUUGGAACUGAAACAAUGGCUGCGAUCCCAUCCAGUGGACGUGGUGGUAAUAGCAGAGACUCGUUGGGGAUUUGAAUCCAACUGGAUUGAUGGAGAAUGGUCCUAUGUCCACUCGUCCUCUGAUCAGAGACGAAGUGGGGGCCUAUUGGUUAUGAUCGCCCGCAGACUGGCUCAUCCCAAUCAAAUUGGUUUUGAUAGUGUCUUUCCGGGCCGUGCCUUACACAUCAGGGUACAUGGCGACACAAGAGCCUUGGACAUUCUUGCCAUUUACCAAUUUGUGGACUACCGUACAGAGCAAUCUAUGCACAGUCGCGAACUAGUCUGGGAUGCCAUCGACACAUGCCUGGGCACCAUUCCAUCGAGAUCCGUCCUGCAGGCAUGGCAUCAUCGAAGCCGUUAUGGUGUCUUGCAGAGGCAACAACAGAAACAGGCGCGGUUGGCCAAACAGCAACGCUUUGAUCAGCUUUGCCAAGAAGUGGAUCGGGCAGCCAUGCAUCACGACUCACAUUCUAUGUUUUCUAUCAUCAAUCGCUUCACGCCCAAACGACCACAGGCACGUGCACGUAUCAAGGGCUCUGAUGGAAGAAUUGCUGACCAAUUCAUGGCACACUCGCUGACAGUUGCAUUUGUCCAGCAGAUGUGGGCAGGCCCGGCCAGUCUCCCGACCUAUGCUGACUGUGCACCGGGAGUGCCCUUCUCCCAAGAUGAUCUGACCCGAGCCAUCACCAAGCUGCAUGCCAACAAGUCAGUGGCACAGCCAUUCAUGCCAGUCAUGGCUGGACCCGCUGAGUUGCCUCCAGAAAGUGCUCCUGCGAUGCCACUGUCAUCGCCUGCCGUGCCGAAUGUGAACACACUGAGUUUCCAUGUCAUGACCCAAGCCUUCUGGCCUGAGCUACAGAGGUUGAUCUCAAGGGCAGACUGGACACAAUUCCCACGCAAUGCAGACAUGCUUGAAUAUCUGACUCAUCACUGUGCCAUUUGCGGCCUUUGGUGCAAUCGUUUUCAGGAGCUGCAUGGCCAUUUUCGUCAGACCCACCCAGAUCAGGUGCAAGGCAGUGUUGCCAAAGGUGCACAACUUUCGGUGCUUAUGCAGACCACGUCACCAUGCAGCCUGUGCCAACGACCUUAUAGUCGGGUUCAUAGCUGUCCCACUGCGUUGCAAAUCGGAAUGCUUGUGAUUCAGCUGCGACCUGAGGAGGAUCGGCCAGCAGUGGCAUGCACAUGUGACAUCUGUGACCUGCCCUUUCCUGACCUGGGGGCGUUGUAUGGUCACUUGACCAACACCCAUGGAUUGACUCUCAAUGAUUGGUGCCCUUCCAGGGACUCCCAUCAAGGGGGCGAUGGCUGCCGCCAUUGUGGCAUCAUUUUUGAUAGUCGCUCAGGUUUGCGGCGUCACAUCACUGAGGGCAGGUGCGAGGCCUUCAACCCGGCUGCAACACCACAUCCGAAUGAUACCACCGAAAAAUGGGGGCCUUGGCUGCAGACUUGCAAUUUUGAACCACAGGCUCUCACGGCCCAUAUGCGGCUCCAGCUGACCAACACAUGUCAAUUUUGCGGCCUGGCUUAUUCCCGCACUGGGGAUUUAGUGGCACACCUUCUGCAGUCGCAUGGGGACCUAUGGGUGGGAUCGCAACCUUGGCUUCGCUUCCUACUUCAGACGGUCAUGGCCAAACGUGGAUGGUAUCAGGCUCCGGUUCUCCUCCAUCACCUGCUGGUUCAACAUCCACAGACCUGUGCGUGGGCUGCUCAGAUUGUCUUUCAAUUGCGGCUCUUCUACAUCCUCUCCAUGGACGCCCUGAUGGAUCCCAACGAUCAAGCCCUGAUGGAUGGCCUGCAGGCAUUGGGACCACUGCUGUUGGGCGCCAGAAAACACUUGGAUGGAAACGACGAUCACCAGCCGAAACGGCACAAAGCAGCAGCCAAAGACGCCACCUCCAACGACCAGUCGGCCGAGGCGAUGGCGUCGAUGCUGCGCCUGAUGGCUCAAUUGAUCCUGAGUCACGAGCGCUCCAUCCAACUGCAGCUCCGACAGGAUUGCUUCGUUUUGUUUGCUCAAGACCGCCCGGAGGGCAUCAUCCCGCACCUGAAGGUGUUGGCACAGAGUUGGCGGGAGAAAGCGCCGAGCCACGUGGACGAUCUGAAAUGGCCCAAUCUGAGAACGCAUCUGAUGGCAGGAGUGGUGGCGGAACUACACCGCCGAGUGCAGCAGCUGGCGGCCUCGAAGAAAGGCGAACAACUCUGGGACCUGGCCGUGGAGAAGGGAACCUUGCUCCCGGACGGGAGCUGGGGGUACCAGAAGUGGUGUCCAGACUCGAAGCAGCUGAAGAGAGCGGCCCGAGCACCUCUCUCCAUGCAACAGAUGUUGAGGAACCUCCAGUCAUUGGAGGAGCUGCUUCAGUCGAACAGCCAUGUCCAGAAGUUCCACAGCCUGAGGACCGACCAAUCCACGGUCCCAUGGCUCCUCCAACUUUCUCAUCGCCCCGAAAGGGAAAGGACAUGGGAAGGGGAAGAGCUCUCAGAAGACUCAGAGGAGAACCUGACAUUCCUGGAUCGUCAGCGCUUGCGAGAUCUGCUGUUGGACCUUCAACUGAACAAUUCGGGCUCUUCAUGUUAUGCCAACAGUGCAUUUCUUGCUUAUAUGUGGGCUUGUUUGUCAAGGCGCAAUUUUCAGUACCUUGACUGGGGCGCACAAGCGGCCACCCUGCAGACCAUUCUGAAUGAUAAUGAUGGCACUCCUUUUCCUUUGGACACCCAGGAUUGGUUUGAAACACUUAUCCAUGGAUGGAAUGAUCAACAGGGCCAAGCUGACAGUGCGGAGUUUGGACAUAGACUUGCCAGUUGGCUCAACUCGGAUGCCUUGUCCAACAGCUGGGAAAGACGCGUGAGCACUCAGGCUGCCAAUCUUGUCCAUGACCAUGGUGAUCGAUUCAUGCCCUUGACAUUGCAGUUGGAUCCAGCUAUGAUAGUUGAUAACGAAAUCUCCUUGACGACGCUUCUCAGGCUGUGGAGCGCUGAGCUGGGGAUGUGUGCGGGUCUCUCAGAUCCUCGUGAGUUGUUGGUGAUUCAUGUAGAACGACUGGUCAUGACACCCACGGGUACUCUUUACAAGCACCCGGCGAUCAUCAACUUUGCGUGGGAGGUCCAGGUCCCGGUGUUGACAGCUGCCUCUGAACUGGGUACGGUGCCUUACACCGUGGUCGCUGUUGUGGCACAUUUGGGCGACACCCAAGGAGGGCACUAUCAAACAAUGCUGCGGACCUAUCCUGAGGUCUCCAACUUGGCUGCCCCCAGCAUGUGGAUGUUUUGUGACGACAACAGACUCCCUGACCGAUGCUGGAAUUUCCCAACCAAUUUCUCCCAUGGAGUUACGGGUUUCUGGCUCUGCCGCACCGACAGCCUUGAAAUGCAUCUCAUGACCCAGCCUCGCGCUCAGUCUGCUGACGCACUGCUGACCGUUUUGACAGUGAUGAGGGACACGUUUCUCAAUACGAGAACCAUCUGUGAAAGUGCAGAUGUAGAGGAUCAGCAGAGCAGUUUUUGGAUUUUGGAAGAUCUUUUUCGAGCACACCAUUCAGUGCUGCUGUGGCGCUUUUGCAACCAUACAAUUGACUACAAUCUUUUUGACAAGGGGACCUACACCGUUUUUCUGGCCUUCUGCGGUGGGGCUGUGUCCUCUAUUCACACCGAUAUUCUGGCCUUCUGCGGUGGGGCUCUUGCAUUGCAAUCAAUUUGGAUCCAAGCUUUUCAAUUUGGCGCAUAUACAUCCUUAUUUGAACAAGCUGCGACGCGUCCUGCCUAUCUGGAGUACUGUUGUGGGAUCCCGGCGAAUUGGAACGGACAACAUUGUCUGUGCGUACUCAACACCGUUUCUUUGCUGGCUCUCUGCGGUGGGGCUUCAUCGAUAAACACCGGAAUUCUGGCCUUCUGCGGUGGGGCUGCAUCCUUUUUUCACACCGAUAUUCUGGCCUUCUGCGGUGGGGCUUUGGCAGUACAAGCGAGUUGGAUCCGAGACACAGCAUUUGGCUCACAAACAUCCUGCUCUGACAACGCAGAGACACGCUUUGACCUUCAGGAGCACAGUGGUUUUCCAGCGCAUUGGCUAGGACAAUACUGCCUCCACGAACUUAACACCGAUCCUUUGCUGGCUUUCUGCGGUGGGGCUUUACCAGAUAACACCGGAAUUCUGGCCUUCUGCGGUGGGGCUCCACAUUGUGCGAGACCUGAUCACCUUCUUGGGUCUUUGGAUUGGGGGAAACCACUUCUGACACGAUUUUUUGCUUGCGCGUCAGCCUCUGAGCUGACUUCUGACUGCUUGCCCGGUCCCAAGUCCGGGCACUCCAGCGUGUCCAAGAUUAUCCAUUUUUGCCUUUUGGUUUGGAUGUCUUGCCUGACCAUGCAUGAUACUAGCUGGAGUGGGGGUGAGGGUUGCGGUUUUGCCACGGAAACCGCUGAAGCACCUCUUUCCUGGGAAGAGGCCCUGAUUCACCAAUUUGGUGCAAAGCCACGUGGCAUUCAGCCAUCAAUGAGCUUCGGCUACUUGCGGCCGACCAUGGAUUCGGUGAAAAAACGCAGCUUGAAACGAGCCAUCAAGAGAGCCGCAAGAGACGGCACUUGCUGGUACAAGGGCAAAUGCUACACGCUCUCAGACUUGCAGCCUGCACAUGUGCCCAGCCCAGUUGCUGACAGUAGGACUUAUGUGAUGCCACCCACACCACCGUCGAUGCAUGACCAAACCACCUGCAAUGCCCGCCACCAAAAUCGGCGCUACCUGCGCUACCUGUGCUGGAAUGGAGGUGGCAUGAGCCAGCAUCGACUUGACGAGUUGAAAAUCUGGUGUCAAGGAAUCACGGUUCAACAACGCACAGCUGGCAGACUUGCUCAUGCAGCCCAGACUCAAGCCUGGCACACAUUCAUGCAACAGUCUGCCGUGAAGAUUGAUUUGCACCUCAUGCAGGCAGAUCCACAUACACUCCGUCGUUCUCAUCGCAAGCAUGCCUACCUGGUGCGAAAACAAAGAUUUGAGACGAUCUUAUCCCAAGCGCAGCUUGCGGCCAAGAAACAUGAUAGUUUCCAAUUGUUUCAAGUCAUCAAUCGUUUCUCUCCCAAGCUCCCCAAGACCAGAUUGCAAAUCCGCAAUGCACAUGGUAAUUUGGCCACACCUGUGGAGGAACAGGCAAUCAUGCAUGAGUAUGUAAGAUGUACAUGGAAGGGAACCUCCACGGUGCCCAAAGUGCCCUGUGACAUGGCAGGCCUUCCGUUCACUUUGGAAGAACUUCAGCGUGCCUUGCAGGAAAUACCGAUUUCAAAGGCGGUUGCCAAACCAUUCAGCCCUGGUCUGAUCUGGCAUGCCCAUUCGCGCUUGCUUGCAGAUCACCUGUACAGGAUUUUGCACCAGCUUUGGGUCCAGGCUGAGCCAGUCGUACCGGCUUGUUGGAAAGAUGCAUGGUUACAUCUCAUUCCCAAACCAUUGAAGAAACCAAGUCAUCCAGCUUCAUUAAGGCCGUUGGCGCUCCAGGAACCUAUCGGCAAGGCCGUGAUAGGUCUGCUAGCCAAAGUUGCACAACGUGACUCACUGGCUUGGCUGGUCCUCUGGCCAAUUUGGGCUUACUUGCCCACCAGAAGCACCCAACAUGCCCUUUUGAGAGUUGGAUGCAAGGCUGCUCCCUGGCUCUUCAAUGCAUUUGUCCUUUUGUACCUUCAAGACUUGACGCAUUUGAUCGACUGGCAGUGGCUCCAAGCCCACCUGAACAUUUAUGCGGACGACAUACAUGCAUGUGGACUCUUUUAUUCCUGUCAUGAUUUGUAUCGCUUGCUGUACUAUUUUGGGGUGAUAAUGGAAGUGUUAGAACAAAAAGGGCUUCAUAUCAACACCACCAAAUCUGCAGUCCUUCUCAUCAUGGGAGGCACCAACUUCCGCCAUGUCCGAUCAGAUGUGAUUUCUCGUGAUGCCAGUGGAGAAUGGAUCAAAAUCAGAGGCCGUGUGCGCACUUUUGAGCUUCCGAUUGUCAAACAGACCAAAUAUCUGGGCACCGUGCUCAGUUAUCAACAGUUUGAACUUGCGACCACCAAACACAGAUUGAGCCUUGCCAAGCUUGCUUUUUCACGCCUGAAGCGCUGGCUCACUGCCAGAAGGGGGUUCGAUGCCAGAGCACGCAUGCAAUUAUGGCACACCUGUGUUUUUCCGAUUUUGAGCUAUGGAAUUUUCACCAUUGGCCUCACCAAACAAUGCCUUGAGAUGUUGCAACAGACCAUGAUCACUAUGCUGCGCCAGAUCCACCAUGAUCAUGCUUAUGUAACAGGCAGAACGCAUGCUGAUGUCUUGCAUAUUCAUCACCUUGAUCCCCCGCUGUUGAUGCUUUGGAGAGCUGCUGACUCUUUGCACCGGUCAGUUACCAAGCCUGCACAUCAUGUUUUUCCGGGUGAUUUGAGUUUGCAGCUCGAUUGGCAACCUGUGCAGAGCAUGAAAGACCUGCUCCAACAUGCACUUGACCUAGGCCUGACCAUGUCUGCCUCGACGAUGCCUGAUGAUGAGGUUGACUCUGUGGCUCUUCGAGCGGCUCGGCCUGUUGCUCCUUUUCCGGAGACACCCAGCUAUGCUACGGCGGCUCAACCAGGCCCUGCUGUCCUGGAGCUGACCAAAGAUGAAAUGGAUGCCAUUCACAGACAUGAAUUUGGACCACGCCUGUUGACAUUGAUCCGUGAACGACGUUGGCCAGAUUUGUUACGAGAAAGGGCAGGCUGCAGUUACCUGUCCCGCAACUGCCUGCUGUGUGGCCAGUUUGUUGGCAGGGCACAGGCCAUGCAUCAACAUGUUAGAAUGAUGCACAAUGCCUGCAGUUCCCUGGUGCAGACAAAGGCCACUCAACUGACCAACAUGCACAGCGAUGAGACGCCUUGCUCAGCCUGCGGAGUGACAUUCCUGUCAACGCAUUCCUGCAAUGUGUGGUUUCGGAUAGCCAUGCUGAUCGUGCAUGGACCCAAGCCGUCCCCUGGCCCUACUGAUGCCUUGCAAGCCUCAUUGACGUGUGAGAUUUGUGGCUCCAAGCACACCUCCACCCAGGAACUGCACAGGCAUCUUCAGAUGGAACACAAGCUGGUGAGCUCAGUAUGGCAUGAAAGCAGAGACAGCUUUCAAGGAGAACCAGUGUGCAAUCACUGCCACAUGCUGUUCCAGACGAUGGAGGGCCUUCGCAGUCACAUCAAUCAGGGUAGGUGCUUGCAGUUCAACCCUGAUGCAUCUACGAUGCCCACAGAGGUUUUGGAUGUAUGGAAGAUGGCUUGCUGUGGUGGCCAAUUUGAGGAGGUCUUGUCAAACCCUCGCAAUCGGAUGCGGCUGACUCUCCAAUGCCAAUGCUGUCCCAAGCGAUGCACUCGGGCUGCAGACCUGUCAGCUCACUUACAAUCAUCGCAUUCGAGUUUAUGGCAUGCAGCUAGGCCUUUGGUACAUCACUUUGUCCAGAAGUACUUCAAGACCUUGGGUUGCAUCUGCAACCCGUCCUGCAAUGCAGUACGGCUCCAGCACAUUUGCAUGCCCUUUUGGCAACUGGCCAUGCAAUUCAUGCGGGUACCCAAUGCCAUCCUCAUGCCAGCCAAGCUGAACAGGACUGAGCUGGCCAGAGCAUUGCCUUCGCACAUCCCCACAGACAUGAGAGACACACUGGAACAUGCCCUCAUGCGGUUUGAUUUGGAGACGCUUUGGCCUGAUGCACUGCUGCUGGAUGCCUGCAGCAGCUCUUGCUUCUUUUGUGGUCUAGAUUUGCUGCCGAUGGAUCUCCACUACCAUUUGCAUGAGGCACAUCAGGGACUGCACACUAUGGAACUCCAGGAUUGGCAGAUGGGUCAAGAAGGAGCCCUGACACAGAUGCUGCAGACUUUCCAGAACUUGGCGCCCAUGUUGGACACAGGGUUGAAACUCUCACCCAACCCGGCAGCACCCAAACGACAACGUCGACAGGACGGGGCCAUAAAGCCAAAAGAAGAAGGCUCUCAACAGGACCAAAAACAGGACGUUCAGCUCGACCAACAAAAGCUGUUAGUCCUCAUGGCCAAGCUGCUCCUGAGGGUGGAUCGGGACUUGCAGGUGAUCCACCGCGAGACAACAUUCAUCUUCUACUUCAGUUGCAAGGAUCCAAAGGGAGUGCUUCCCUUGCUGCUGCACGAAGCGGAGACCUGGCAUCAAGCAUCCACGGAGAAUGCAUCGACGUGGAAGAGACCGCUCCGACAGGUCCUCUUCCAGGCCCUGCUUUCGGCGCUGACAACCAGAGUCCACAAACUUCUGGAGGCGGCAGAGGACUCACCUUUGCUGGUGGCAGCCAAGAGCUCCCAGAUCCUGUUGGAGGACAAGACAGUGCCCUUCACGGAAUGGAAUGCACAAGAGCAGAAACUGCAACUUUCUCAGAAAACACCGGUGAGCCUGGCCAAGAUGAGCGAGCAUUGCCUGGAAUUGCAGGACGGCUUCAAGGAUGUGAGCCUCAUCAUGAAGUUCCACUCACUUCCAGCGAAACCGGACAGCCUGGUGACACCCUGGCGACUGCAGAUGUCGUCUCGAGAAGCCAGGACUUACGAGCUCUUGCUUCACCUGGCACAUUCCCAGGUUUGGACUCUUCUUGCCACCAGCAUGAAACAACACAAUCUGUAUCAGAGCUCCCUGGCCGACACCCUCGAGCGGAACAUGGGCUUUCGAAGCAAGGGCAAUGGCAAGGGCAAGCAGAAGGGCAAGCACCACAAGACAGUUUGGCUCAACGAGCUACGAUCGCCUGUUUUUCAGAUGCAAUGGGAAAAGAGACUGCAAACUGCGGAGACCACUCAUGCAGUUGAUUUCAGCCGUGAACCACAUGCACCUAUUUGCUUGAAGUUUGAUGAAACGCAGAUUCUUUUGCCGCAUUUUUCCCUGAACACAUUGAUCACCACUUGGCUGCAGGCUGAUGGGAUGCAUACGGCACUUUUGCACCCGACAGAUUGCAUUUGUGCACAUGUUGAUCGAUGCGUGAUGGGCCCAGACAUGACAGUCCACAAGUGCUUGAGCAAGAUGCAACUUGAUGAAGAGUGUUUCUUUCCAGUUUUCUCAGCGGAUGCGACUCACAGCGAUUUUCAUGCCUACACAAUCAUUGCGGCCAUGGCCCAUUUGGGGACAGAUGGUUCGGGCCACUACCGGGUGGCCCUGCACAUCAGGUUGCUGCAGCGCCUGGCUGCCAACCUCUGUGACACUGCUGUGCUGGGCCAACCUGAAACCCUUACCCAUAGACAAAUGUCCAGAAGAGAAGCUUUCGACGAGCUGUACGCAGGGCCCGCGUUGCGGGGUGUGCGUGGUAUCGUGGCAGUGCAACGUCAAAAGAUGGCUGAUCUCAUGACUGAAGUUUCUCAUGCUGCUGACAACCAUGAUAGCUUUACAGUGUAUCAGGCAGUGAACAAAUACACUCCAAAGCAACCAAAGCGACGCAUCCGCCUGCGGCUCCCCAAUGGAGCACCUGCAUCUCCACCUGAAAUCCUGGAGAUGACCCGAGCAUACAUCAGUGAAGUUUGGCUUCCUGCCAACACUAUCGAUGUUCCAUGCCGAAACCCACCAGGUGUUCCUUUUUCCAAAGAUGACCUUGUAAUGGAGCUGGCGCGAACACCAGUCACCAAAUCGGUGGCGCGGCCUUGCCUACCAGGCCUUUGUUGGAAAACCCUAGCGUAUGACGUUGCAGAUUUCAUUUAUCCGCAGCUGCUUGAAUGGUGGGGUCAAUGGCCUCCGUUUAUACCCACCCAAUGGAAGACAGCUCAUCUGACGUUCAUUCACAAGCCGGCUAAGACACCUGAUCGACUCAGUCAUUUGCGACCUUUGGCCCUCCUUGAACCUGUGGGUAAGAGCAUACUGGGCUUGCUCACCACCAGAUUUGCUGCUGAGGUCAAACCACUUUUAUGUUCCUGGCCCCAACUGGCCUUCUUGCCACAGAGAUCGUCAUUUGAUGCAAUUCGCCGUGUCAUCGACCACUGCAGUCACAUCAGAUGGCUGAUGAUGCAACAAAGACGCAGUGUGCACCAACGGGCGGAACAACAAAAAUGCUGGGCAGUCUGCGGUGGCGUCCAGGUUUGUUUAGAUGCCUCACGAGCCUUUGACAUGGUCCCGCGCCAGGGACUUUUUGCAUUUUUGAGUGAACUUGACAUCAAUCAAGAUCUGGUGGCGUUGCUGGCCAUGUGGCAUUCGAACACCAGCUACAUCAUCACUCAAGGAACCACAUCGUCCUCUGUGGGCACAGGCCGAGGAGUCAGACAAGGCUGCAGAGCUGCACCUGUUCUGUGGUCUUGUUAUACGCUUGACCUUUUUUACAGAUUGGCACAACAGUUGGGACCGGAAUGGGUCAAAAAGAACUUGACGGCUUUCGCUGAUGACCUGCACUCAAGUGAUUGCUUCUUGAAUGAAAGAGAACUCAACAUGGCCCUUUGGCGCAUUGGAAUUUUACUUGAUACCCUAGAAGACAUGGGACUGCAUUCCCACAUUCAAAUCCUGCAUCAUUUUGGACUCACUCAUCCGCUCCAAUUGCUGCUUCAUGUGGGGACACAGCUGAAGAGAACCAUUGGUCACCGACUCAAUACCUUGCAGACCGAUGACAUUUUGUGGAGUGGAGAUUGGACGCACCUUUCAACGCUGACACAAUUGGUGCAUGCGGUGUAUGUGGAACAGUAUCAGGUUCAGCUGCAAACUCCUGCGAUUGAGGCACUGACACGCUGUGGUACAGACGCAUUGGCGUCCAAGCAACUGCCACCUAUGCAGGCUGAUGAACCAUAUCCCAAACUGGAUGAUUCAUCACUCACGAUGUUGCUGUCCAAGCCUUUUGGACCUGCAGUGCUGGAUUGCAUCAAAGCCAGAUGUUGGGAUCAGCUGUCCAGUAUGCCUGAUGCGCUGAAGGCCAUGACCAAUCAUUGCAUUCUGUGCGGCGUUUACUGUGGCCGUCCGCAGGACUUGAACCUAUCUCACCAAUGCCCCAUUAUGAUGCAAUCAGCCUUGAUUUUGAUCAACACGGACAGUACAGGCACUUCCUAUCAUCAUCCUGGGGAACAUGCUUUGCGCUGCGAUGUUUGCGGACUUGCACAUCCAGACGUGCAGUCACUGGCCAUUCACCUACAUGCUGAACACCGGCUUGAACCACAGGACUGGGAUCCGCUGAGAGACUUGCUCCAGGGCACGGAACCAGUGUGCUCACACUGCAUGGCAAUGUUUGCAGAUAAACCUGCAGUACGUCAGCACAUCACCCUGGGACAAUGUCCGAAUUUUCAUCCAUUGCGACCUGUGGCGACACUGCCCAUUUCAGCAGACUGGCAGGAGUUCCUUCAACAGGGAGACAUCCAGGCCCUCAGACAGGCACCGAUGAAACGCCUUGCACUGACUUUGACAUGCCAAUUGUGCUACAACAAAUUUCAACGCACUGGAGAUUUGUCGUUGCAUCUUCAAACAGUUCACAGCAAUGAUUGGCAUGGGGCACAACACAUCGUUCAGUUGCUUCUUGAUACCUGCCAAGCAGACGGGUGCAUUUGCAAUCCUCAAACUCAUGCCAGUGGCCUUCAGCACAUCUGUGUCCCGUAUAGGCAGCUUGGAAUGAUGACGCAGAAGAUGGCUCUUCCGCUGUUCUUGCCUUGGCAAUUCAAUGUCGAUCAGAUUCUCACAUUCAUGCCUGCAGUUUCAGAACAUCCAUUGAUGCCGAGGAUCACGGACUGCUUGCUUCAGAGACAUUUCUCGGAGCUUUGGACAGAUCCAUUGCUGUUGGAGUUUUUUCGCACCACAUGCAUGCAGUGUGGCUUGAAGAUGCAUCCGGCUGAACUUCGUGAUCACAUUUUCAGUGUGCACUCCUCAGCCCCCAUUAUGUAUGACAAGCUAUUCAUUUUCAGCAUCAGUGCCCGGUGGUGUUGCAGCUCAUUCAUCUGUUGCGUUGUGACUAUGGAGACGGCACCAGAACUCAGCAAAGAGGAUGCGGAGAUGCUGGACAUCUUCAAACACCUCGGCCCCCUUCUGUCCCUCGAGAAGUACGCCAGACCAGAAGGCGAAAGAGAAACCAAGAAAGUCAAAAGAGACGAAUCAAAAAAGGAAGGGGCAACAGAGGUGAUGGCACUGCUGACGGCAAUGGGGCAACUUCUUCUACGCCUCGACUCCGACCAACAAGCGAUGAGGCGUCAAGACUCCUGGAUCUGCUUCAUGCAAACAGAGUCCCAAGCCAUCCUGCCAUCGUUGGUGAUGAAGGCGAAGGAAUGGAAGACACAGCAGACGGCACAGUCCCAGCCCCAGGUCGAUCAAUAUCUUCCUCUGAGAUGCUGCCUGGCUCAACACCUUGCGGCCACCAUGCUGCUUCGCCUGAACAAACUGGCAGAGUGUGCGGAGACGGAUCCAUUGAUGGUUUCAGCCAAACAACAUGGGGUGCUGAACAAGGACAAUCAAUUCCCAUUCCAGCGAUGGAAUCCGCAUGCCCAAGGGCUCCGUCAGACAGGUCAGCAGCCGAUCAGCCUGAAGCGCAUGAUCAAGUAUGCCGAGCAGUUAGUGGAGAUCCUGAAGGACUCGUCCACAACAAUUCGAUUCCAUUCGAUGAAAGCGGCGGACACAGAACCAAUGGUGCCCUGGCUAUGGCAGAUAUCGAUGCGUGCAGACGACCUCCAGGUCUUGCUGUCAACCCUGCAGGGAUCGACGAUGUGGUCACUACUGGGGAUGUCGAUGAAGGCUCAUGCACAAGGCCAAAGCAAGCCUGCGAUGGCUCUACGGGGUCUCAUGGGGAAAGGGGCUCUGCUCACCGGCUUGGCUGGCCUUCAACUGGCCAAUCAUGCCAACUGGUGCUACAUGAAUGUCUCCUUUGUCACAUUGCUUUGGGCAUUGCUGAGCACAGACGUUUUCACCAUUUCACAAUGGGGUUCAGGGGCCUCCCAAUUGGUUCAACUUUUGAUGUGCCACAAUUCUGAACCCGUUGAUCUUCAAGCAAUUCCUUGCCUUCAAACAAUACUUGAACACUGGCAGGGCACGAACCAACAGGGUGACCCAGUGGAAUUUUUGGCUCAUUUGAUGCGGGGGUUGAACAUUUCAGGCAUCGAUAUGCGCUGGGAGAAAAGAAUUCAAAUCGGUGUCAUGACAGAAGCUGUUGACUCCAGUGAUGCAUUUGCUCCCAUGAUCUUGCAAUUUGACCCGGUUCUGCUGCAAGAUGACUCCACCACACUGCGCCAGCUUGUUCGUGACUGGUCCAGCCAAGAUGGAAUGAUUCGUGCCUUACUUCACUCCUCCCCACUGAUCUAUGUUCAAGUGGAUCGCCAUGUCCGAUCAGGUGCUGGCCAGAUUCAAAAGUGCGACAUCCCAGUGAAUUUUCAUUGGGGGAUUGAGGUCCCGAUCUACACGGGCACAAAUCUCACAGUCAUGUGGAAGACAUACAAAGUUGUGGCUGCCAUUGCACACUUAGGUGCUGACAAUUCUGGUCAUUGCAGAGCCCUGCUCAGAGUGCAGAUGAAUGCCCAGGCCAAGCUACCACACAUGUUUCUUCUCACGGACGACUGGGUUGAGGCCAUCCCGGUCUGGAAGGAACCUACGUGGUUCACCAGAAAUGUAACGUGCUUUUGGCUCUGUGACAUGGAACGCCUGCUGCCACUUGCACUGCCAGAGGCACCACCCAUGCAGGCUCCGCGACCACCUGAACCAACACCACGUGUGGGUGCGGCUGAUUUUCUCAAGUUCUUUGUUGAUGGCACUGACGAACAUGGUGUACCUCAGCCUGAAGCUGGUGCAAGAGGCAAAGCCCAUCGUUUCAAGAAG